AUGGGAGGCAAGACCGAAGGUGAAAGUGAGGUGGUCUCCAGAAGAAAUGAAAAGGGGUCGUAUGUUUUUCUUUGGCUGCCAUUAGGAAAACAAACGAGCGUCACUCCGCUUUCCCCCUCGUCAGUUCGCAAACCUCCAGCUCCCGCGACAUUCGCCCCCCUCCUCGCUCUCCAUCUCCCAGCGCUGUUUCUUUGGGGCCUCAAUGCUCGGCAAUUAGCCGCGCUUCUUGUCCAUCAGCUCCAGAAUCAUGCCAAGUAUUUAUUCGCCGUCUCUCACUUUGUCUCCCCCUGCCCGAUCGCUAACCGCCAGCUUCUAGUCCGUCCGCUCGAUGAAUGGGUCGCGACCCGCAACAGCCAGUCGGUCCAAUCCCUCCCCCUCUCGGCCCUGAAAGGCGCAGUGAUCGGAAUCGAUGCCUCGCACUAUAUCCACCAACACCUGGUGAACCAGUCGACCCGCGAAGCUCUGCUGGGUGCCUUAGGUGGCUUCCCGUUUGCCCUGAGGACCAACAUCGAAAAGGAGCUCCAGGCCUUCAAAUCCCUCGGCGUCGGAUUGGUCUUCGUAUUCAACGGCCUCGAUUUCGGAAGGAAGGACCAGCGCAGUAACUCAACAACCCCCGCGUCGCCGCGCUCUUUCGAACAAGCAUGGGACCUCUAUGACCAGCAACAAGCCGACCAGGUUGUGGAUGCUUUCAGCAAUGCCGGUAUGGUCUAUUUCUUUCCACCUGGAUCUCCAUCUAUUUCACCUAUUUCACCUGUCUCUGGAACUUCUUUUGUGCCCGCGAUCCCUUUCUGGAUAGGACAAUCUCCGACGAGCCUAGAGAGUCCAGCUUUUUCAAUCUUUCCAACAGGGCCAGAAGCCGCUGACCAGCCUCAAACUUCAGGAACACCACCGCCGGAAACCCUCUACAGAUUCCUCCAGCGGAUUCUCCUCCAGAACGGCAUCCCUUUCAUGGUUGCUCCCUACAGUGCAGCAGCACAGCUCGCUUAUCUCGGCCGUGGAACAAACCCCGUGGUCGAUGCCAUCUACGGACCCUCCGAGCUUUUCCUCUUCGAUGUCGAGAAACUCGUCAUUCGCAUCGAAACCGAUCCGGCCCAGUUUACCUGGCUCACAAAACAGACCCUCCAGGAAGAGCUGGGACGCUUGUCGAACGAACAGUUUGUGGAAUUCCUUCUUCUCCUGGGAUCCCCGUUCUUACGUUCUUGCCCUUUAUUUGAGACUCCUGGAUUUCCAGGAAAGACUCCUAAUGUCCGAGACGCGCUUCCUAUGUAUAACUCAGCAGGGCGGAACGCCUUGACACUUUGCGCCCAGUAUGAGGAAGACCGCCGUAUGCAGGAGUUCCAAUAUACGGACCUUUACAAGCGUGCAUAUAUGAAUGUGAAGCACCAUGUCUACAUGGAUGUUGACGGCCGUGUGGCGCUCAUGGAGCCAGAGACCGCGUCAUCUGAUAUGCACGAAAUCAUCGGUCAACGACUUCCAGAGGAGCUUUAUUUCUACCUAUCCAAGGGUAUUUUAGGCCCAGAUAUCCCCAACUUCUUGACGUCAGGUGAGGUGCGAAUCUCACUGCCGCUAGGCGCGGAAGACACCGAGGUUUACCGCCAGCUUGUGGGAGACACUCUCACUCCAAUCCGGAUACAGUCAAUUUCUCUCUUGACCAACUCACUUCAUCGGUUUUACCAGGUCAAGGAAAUCACCGUUCGCCCCUGGUUUGACGAAAAUUCAGACCGUAAGACGAACCUGAAGAGUAUCCCAUCCGUCAAGGAGACUAUUCAAGGAUGGAAAGUCAAGAACGAGAGUCUCCCAGAAAGCAUCCAAAAGCUCCAAGCCCCUCGAGGAACCCUCAAAUUUGCCGUACAAAGUUUGAAUGAUCCAGACUUUGUCGCCACGUCAUCGGCUAAGCAGGAGAACCCUGUCCUGUCUUCUCAAGACGAGAUAUUGUCAAAUGUGCUGUGGCGCUUCUUGCAACUGCGUGGAUACGUUGACGCAAAGCACAACCUCACCGUCUGGGGCAAGGCUCUGUCACACGCACUUGCAGAUGUGACCCCAUCGGACAACCUGGAGGAAGCUAUCUUCAUCGCCAUCGAGAUGCUUCGCUUCGACCUUCUUAAUACCCAGAACUGGUUUUCUUCAGUAUCCGGUGGCCCCAUGCGAGGGUCAGAUGAGGACAAGACUUUCAACAUGCUCGUUUCCCGGGUCGCUUGUAUCGGCAAGCUGCAGCACAAGAAUAUUGGCUACUCGGGCCCGCUGAGCCGCCAGCUUCUAUGCUACCGGUCUUUGAUCUCCGAGGUGCGCUCUGCACUGAGGAAUCUGGUCGAAGUGGUAUUAGCGAGUCUGCUUCUUAGUGGCGAGGCAGACCGGGACCGCAAUGACUGGUCGGAACUGGGACUGAAGCUGCCUUUUAUUGAUGAUAAUGACUGUGGUCUGGGUAUUGCUGUCCGCACUUACCUGGACGAUCUUCCCCUGCAAGCAAACCCCACUUCGCCGGAGGCUCGCGCCGAGGUCAAGUCAAAGGGCAAGGAGUGGUUCCAGCACAGCGAAAGCUUCACCGGCAAUUUGGACCUCGCAUUCAAGCUCUGGGAUUCUGUCUACAAGGGCACCCAGCAUGCAGGCAAGGAAAUCAAGGACGCGAAGUUGUGGGACGAUGCGAACAAGUGGCUCUCGGAGCGACGAUAG